CCACUCUUCCAUUACCACUGCUCUUCGUGAGAAGCCAUGAAGCCUUGCGCCGUGCUAUUGCUCGUGGUCAUCCUCGCCGCGUCCGGCACGGUGUGCUCGGCGUCCAGAGCAGCGCGCGCGGAGUGCGACCCGCUGGCGCUACGCCCGUGCGUCCCGGUGAUCCUCUGGGGCGAUCAGCCGUCGACAGCGUGCUGCGCCAAGCUCCGGAAGCAGCGGCGGUGCCUGUGCAAGUACGCCAAGAACCCGUAUGUAGGUAGAUACAUCAACUCCGAGAAUAGCAAGAAGGUUGCUGCCGCAUGCCGCGUGCGGGUUCCUCGGUGCUAAAACUUUAGAGUGCACGCUGAGUGAAAGCCGUAUGCUAGUAGUUCACAUGCUGAUCUGGGUUUCUGAUUGCCGCGUAAUGUGACCUUGCUACUAGUACUAGUUGUUCGUGCUUUGUGUUUCAAUGGCAUCAGAUACAUUUCACGGUGUUAGUAUCUUCCGUUUGCUCGUUGUCUUGCAAAGUUGCAGUGGGAUUUGAUCAUUUGAAGGCUGUUCUUCGUCUUCAUGCUUUCCCUUUGAUGAUUUCAAGAGUUCCCAAGAAACGAUGCUGAGUUCACGUGCCUAGAUCUAAAGCAGCUGCAUCUCUCAUGCUACUUGUGUUGUGUGCUCAUGUCAAGCUGCAGUGGAACACUAGAAGUGUAAACAUGCAAU